AAAAAAAGCAUGUUUUACUGUUAUUUCUGUCAUUUGUCAAAAUCACAGUUCACAGUUCACACUUCUAAACUUCAAAUUCAUAACCUCGAACUGUGUUACAAAAAAUGUUUUAUUUACAUUUCAGUACCAUGGAUUUACUUUAAUUGAAUGUUCAAAAACUUCAAAAUGAUGAGAACAUUAAAGUUGCUCCACGUAAUUCGUAAUAUUAAGUUGAUUCAAUCCAGGUUCCCGAUACAAAAAAGGUUAUUUACCGUAUCUUCAGUCUUAAGACAUGGUGAAUAUGAAUGGCAAGACCCAAAAUCGGAAGAUGAGGUUGUUAACAUAUUUUAUAUUGACAAAGAUGGAAAAAGGACCAAAGUGAGAGGCAAAGUAGGUGACAAUGUUUUGUAUUUGGCACAUAGAUAUGGAAUUGAAAUGGAAGGUGCAUGUGAAGCAUCCUUAGCAUGUACAACUUGCCAUGUAUAUGUACAUCAGAACUAUCUAGACAAGUUGACAGAUCCCGAGGAAAAGGAAGAUGAUCUCUUGGACAUGGCGCCAUUUUUGAAGGAAAACUCUAGACUAGGUUGUCAAAUCACCUUAACAAAGGACAUGGAGGGGAUGGAGUUGACAUUACCAAAGGCAACAAGGAAUUUCUAUGUUGACGGACACAAACCAGCACCACAUUAAUUUUUAACUUAACUAAUUCAUGAUUAUAUAAUGAUUUAUUUAUUUUGCUAUCAUCCGCGAAAAGUCGACGAACCCAUGCGACAACGUCACCCAGGACGUUGUCUUUACUUUAAAGACUUUGCAAUUGCACGUUGUAGAGUCAACAUCUCCUGAGGAUGCUCCGGUUUCGGGGUGAAACGUACGUAGAGAGUAUUUUGUCGGACCUGGGUGACAUUGUCGCAUGGGUUCGUCGACUUUUCGCGGAUGAUAGCAAAAUAAAUAAAUCAUUAUAUAAUCAUGAUGAACUUCCGCAAAGUAACGCCUGCUUCUAUCCAAUAUUUAACUAAUUCACUUCACUUGUGUAUAUGAUUAUAAAUCAUUUAUUUUGUUAUGAAUAAUACUGGUGAGCCUAUUUACAUUUUUAAAAUCAAUGCAACACAGAUGCAGCAAACUUCCAAUGAAAUAAAACAGUGGCAUUCAAAAUAGAAUUAUGCUCAAGGCACCAUAGACUUGACUUUUUUUUAUUUAUGAACAUAUUAGCAAUUGUGACGCCACUUUGCCUCUAUGCUAGUGUUGGUGUCUGGUUUGUAUAUAGUUUUGCUAAUGUAAUGUAACUCAUCAUGUUUAUAGUAAACUAGCGGACGCCUGCCAAUUUGUCCGCGUGGAAAUCCGUUUUUUAUAAAUCCUGUGUGUACCAUACCAAAGGGUAUUUUUGGGAUGAAAAGUAGCCUAUAAGUUAAAUAUAUUUCUAUUCCAAAUUUCAGCCAAAUUGCUUCAGUAGCAUAAGGCCUAGUUCGGACUACUUUAGUAUUUUAAAAUACUAAAGUAGCCUGUACAGCUUAUAAAGGAGGAACAAACAAACUUACACACACACAAACUUUUUUAUAGUGUGAAUAACUAAAGGUAACAGCUGUGCAUAAGACAAGAAGCAUAUUAUAAGUUUUAAUCUCGAAAUAUUGUACAUAAUGAUAUGUAGUAUACCAUUUUUUUUUGUAUUGUAGUUUAAAGAUGUAUAGUACUAUUUGUAAAUAAAAUAAUACAUUGUAUCUAAAA